AUGGAAAACUCCCUCGCCGGCAAAAUUGCCAUCAUCAGCGGCUCAGACUCUGGGAUCGGCGCGCAAAUCGCACGUGAACUUUCGGAUUUCGGAGCAACAGUCAUUAUCAACUAUCCCUUCGCAGAGCAAGUCCUCAUCGACCGCGCGGCGGCCGUAGUUGCCGGUUUGAAGAGUCCCGGAAUUGCGGUGCAAGCAGAUAUUUCUACCAUCACUGGGCCGCAGAUACUUGUUGAUGCUGCUGUGGCUGCAUAUGGGAGAAUUGAUAUACUGGUCAAUAAUGCCGGAAUAGCAGUCAAUAUUCCUUUCGAGGAACAGAAUUUGGAACAUUGGGAUAGUCUGGUUAACCUUAACGGCCGUGGGACUUUUCUCCUUACGCAGGCUGCGCUUCCGCACCUGGCACCGAAGUCCCGGAUUGUCAAUAUUUGUAGCAUCUCUGCUCGGGAAGCGCCAGCUUUGCAGACUAUAUACGCCGGGACAAAAGGCAUGGUAGAUGCUUUCACUCGGGUCUGGGCAAAAGAGUUGCCAGCCAAAUAUGGCUGUACUGUAAAUGCAGUCAGUCCUGGCCCGACAGCGACGGAGGGCUUUGGUGCUGCGGGGGAAGAAUUUAUGAAAUUGAUGAAACCGGUGAUGGACAAGACGCCGGUGGGGCCGAGACUUGGAGAGACGAACGAGGUGGCGUAUGCUGUGCUUAUGCUAUGCUUGCCCAGGGCCAGCUGGAUGAAUGGGGUGAAUGUGAAUGUUUGUGGGGGGUUGUUUAUGCAAUGA